AUGAAUGUCUUGAUUGUCGGGAAAACAUUUGCGGUUGUCGCCGCCGCCUUUAACUUGGUCGAUUUCAAGAGGAGAUUUGGAUAUUUCAAGGAUAAUGAUUCUCCUUUCCCGACUAUUCCCGGUUAUGAUGUGGUUGGCAUCGUCGUUAAAGUAGGGAGCAAUGUGAAGGAAUUUAAAGAAAGAGACGAAGUUUAUGAAGACAUUAUCGAGAAGGCAAAUGCUGAGCCGAAACAGCUCAGCUCCUUAGCCGAGUACACAACUGCUCAAGAGAAGCUUUUAGCUCACAAGCCCAAGAAUCUCGAUUUUGUGCAAGCCGCUGCCUUGCCUCUUGCCCUAGAGACAGCUUAUGAAGGGCUCGAAAAGUACGGUUUUUCUAAGGGCAAAUCAUUACUCGUGCUCGGUGGAGCCGGUGGUGUUGGCUAUAACCAGCACUUCGAAGUUGGAAUUUCUGAAAGUUUGGGGGCUGAUUUGGCAAUUGACUACAUUAAGGAGAAGUAUGAGGACCAGCCUGAUAAAUUUGACUUUGUUUAUGAUGUUGUUGUUGGGCCAAAUGGGGAAACUGAGAGGGCCGUGAAGGCGGUGAAAGAAGGAGGCACCGUCAAGGGUCGGGAGAGGCACGAUGUGAACCAGGUGUUCGGGAGGAGGAUGGAGGUUAUGUCAGAGGCCGAGUUUCGGAGUCUGGAGAUUGGGUCCUUUACAUGGCCAUUGUUGAUAUUAGGUCGGCAGAGGCUAGAGCAGCACAAAUGGUUCUACGCGUAA